AUUUUCAUACGGUACCAGAAGUUUCUGUAUAUAAAAAGGAACGAUUAUGCAUCCCAAGACAUAAACUAUUUUAAAAGGGGCAUUUAAAAGAAUCAAAAGAAAAUUAAACGUGAUGGGAUUCAAGUACCUUCUUGUCCUUGUGUUGCUGUUUGUUCUUCUGAACCCAACGGAAUGUUGGUCGUUAAGAAAGAAGCUAAGGAAAUUGAAGAAGAGUAUUAAGAAGAGUGUGAACAAAGUUGGUUCUGGCAUAAAGAAUGCUGUCAAGAAAGUCGGUGGUGCGAUAAAAAAGGCUGGAUGUAAAGUCCUGUUUGGUGUCGUCUGCCCUGCGGGCGUCGGGGCGGCUGGAACGGCUCUAGGCGCGGGUUCCGGCGGGACUGCUGGCCUUGUCGUUGGCGCCGCCGUCGUCCUCGGAGUCAAGGCCUGUCACGUGAGACAGGAGAAGUGCAAACGAAGUGUUGAAAACGGCGUGGCAUUGCUUGCGUUCUCGGACGAAUAUAGAGACUACGAUAUGAAUGAUGACAAGCGUAUCGAAUAUGAGGAGUUUGUAUUCACCGUUAUGAGGACAGUCGGAUUAUCAGAGCCAAUGGAGCUAAGGGAACCGUUUAACUUCGCGGACGUCAAUGGGGACGGGGAACUUAACAGAAAGGAGUUUAAUGGAGCGCCUUUCCUCUUUGCCCAUGCAAACUACCACCAGUUUAUAAAAGAGGACACGCCAGAAACUAUCCCUUCUUUGGAAGUCAGCACUGCUGCAUAAUUAUUAAUUAUACAUAUAUGCAUGUCUAUUUAUUAUUUGCCUUCCAGGUCUGAGAUUAAUUUAACAUCUCAAGUCAUUUCCUGACAACCGUCAUUUUAUCCAAAAUACUUUAUUUUCAGUAAUUUUAAGCAGUAUCCAUUCUUUAAUGUACAAACCACUUGUAUUUUGCUUUACAAUUGACUUUGAAAUAUUUUGAAAUCGGAUAAUUUUUAAGUUAAGAAAUGUUUUAAGAUGUGUUCUGCAUACCAUCCUUUACAAUUGACUUUGAAAUAUUUUGAAAUCGGAUAAUUUUUAAGUUAAGAAAUGUUUUAAGAUGUGUUCUGCAUACCAUCCGUGUUUUAUUAAACUGAUAAAACUGUUGUAUAAAACUUAGGUGUUCUCGAAAAAGCUUAAGCGUUACAAGAUUCAGAAUCUUAUUUUUCUUCAUUAAGCCAAAUCACUUGCAUAACCUCCAUUUUGCAAAACAAAAGAGGAGGUAAACGUGUUUAUCUGUAUUGUAAUUUAAAUUAAUGGCCACUACAAUACCAUGGAAACCAAAGAGUCAAGACUAGUAGCCAAAUAUUUAAUAAAUAAUAGGUCGAAAGGCAGAAGGCUAAGGCCUUAAACUCUAUAAUUUUUUGAGUAGAAUAGUAUAUAAUGCCUGCCAAACAAGUGAGCCUAGCAUUGAUCUGUUAUAAAGAAGUUUUGAUGAAAAAGUGUUUAUUGGAUAAUAUUUAUUCAAUGAAUUUACUUCACUCAGAUAGUUGACCUAAACAAAAUUAUUGGAUGCUUUUACCCGUUUUGUACCUUUUUGAAUGCCAUUUUAUUUGUUUUCUAUUGUUUUGUUAAAUAAAAUUGAAACUGA